GGCCGCGGUGCGCAGUGUGGUUUGAGGUGAAGGGAGCAUUAUGUCUGGCAGAGGCAAAGGCGGGAAGGGGCUCGGCAAGGGGGGCGCCAAGCGCCACCGUAAGGUGCUGCGCGACAACAUCCAGGGCAUCACCAAGCCGGCCAUCCGCCGCCUGGCGCGGCGCGGCGGCGUGAAGCGCAUCUCGGGGCUGAUCUACGAGGAGACGCGCGGCGUGCUCAAGGUGUUCCUGGAGAACGUCAUCCGCGACGCCGUCACCUACACCGAGCACGCCAAGAGGAAGACGGUCACGGCCAUGGACGUGGUCUACGCGCUCAAGCGCCAGGGACGCACCCUCUACGGCUUCGGCGGUUAAAUUCCCAUUGCUUAGUUAAACACCGUUAAAACACCAAGGCUCUUUUCAGAGCCACCCACACAUUCACAACGAGAGCUGUUUAUUACUGAUCUUAGUUUUAGUAAAUACGUCGCUGUUAAAAUAACCCUAAUAAUCAUGUUUGUGUCUCAAGCAUAUUUUAAAGUGGUAGAAAAGAAGAAACCAAGAAGGUAAAAGAGACGUUAAGACCUACAAAUGUAUUUUAUAAGCAAAGAUUUUUAUCUACUUUGCAGAUUUAUAAAAAAAAUUAACAUUCCAUGAGCAUUAAUAAACGUUU